UGAGUAGAAGCUACAGUUAGCGUGACAAAUCCUUCACAAAAUGGCGGCUUAGUUGUACGCUCUGUUGUUUACGCAAUUUUUUCCCUGUGAACCACAUGAUGUUUCGUAUUUGCGCCAGCGCACUGGAAUGCAACAUGCCUAGAAUAAUAUCAAGCAAAAAUUGCAAGUCACUCACUCACAAGCCAAUGUUAGCACCGACUGCUGCUAAAUUCAUGCCCCGUCACCUGAGCAUGAUGGCUUGUGAAAAAGACCUACCCAAACUUCCAUUGCCUCCAUUGCAACAGACGAUGGACAAGUAUCUAGCUGCCGUGCGUCCUCUAGUGGAUGACAAAGACUACGAAAGAACUAAAAGUCUUGUGGAUGAAUUUAGAAAAAGUGGUGGUGUCGGAGAGAGGCUACAAGCAAUACUCAAGGAACGGGAAAGGACAACUGAAAAUUAUGUAACAGAAUGGUGGUCCAACAAUUUCCUAAGUGCACGCGACUCAGUUGUCAUCAACCUCAGCCCAGGUUUUACCUUCCCUAAAGAGGAUUUCUCAAAUAAACUGGAUCAGAUUAGAUUUUCAGCAAGACUACUUCAUAAUACUGCAAAUUUCAGAGACAUGAUUGACAAUGAUGAGCUGAGUAUUGAUAGGGUUGGAGAUAGUCCUAUGAGCAUGUAUCAGUACAAGCUCUUUCUCUGUGGGAGUCGCAUCCCCCGUCCCAAGAUUGACACCUACUUUGUAGCACCAAAAGGAGAAGCAAAGCAUGUUGUUGUUGUUCACAAUAAUCAGUUCUAUUCUCUGGAUGUGUAUGGCACUUAUGGAAAGCCCCUAAAUGAGCCUGAGAUAGCAGCCCAGCUACUGAAGAUUGUACAGAGCUCAGAUGCUGAGGAGCCUCCUGUGGGGGUAUUAACCAGUGAGAACAGAAGUGUAUGGGCCAAGGAGAGGGAGGUGCUAUCACAAGAUCCUCAGAACAAAGAAAACCUUUACUUACUGGACAGCUGUAUUGUGGUGUUGUGUCUGGAUAAGCCCUGCCCGCCCCCCACCCAGAGACCAAGUGUAGACGAGAGCCCUAUUGACUCUGUGACGGCAAGGCAGACAUUGCAUGGUGACGGCAUCCAGUACAAUAGCCUCAACAGGUGGUUUGAAAAACCAAACCAGUUCACAGUCAGUGAAAAUGGACACAUUGGAGUUUGCUAUGAACACUCCCCAGCCGAAGCCCCCACCAUCGGACGGUUAUGGGAUUACGUCCUGGCGCACAAAAAUGACUACAAGUCGAUUGAAAUCGCUGCAUCAAAUCUUCCUGCUCCAAAGAAAAUAAAAUGGAAUUUGAAAGCAUCUUCUCUUGAGGCAAUAGAGAAAGCAAAGCAGAGACUCCAGAGGGAUAUUAAUGCCGUAGAAGUUAAACUCUUCGAGUUUCAAGGUUAUGGAAAGGACUUUAUCAAGUCUCAGAAACUUAGUCCCGAUGCUUGGUUCCAGAUAUCCCUUCAGCUCGCAUUUUACAGGCUACAUGGUCAUGUUGCCGCACCGUACGAGACUGCCACCGUUCGCAAGUUCAAGCUUGGACGGUCGGAUAGCAUUAGAAGCGCGUCUAUUCCCACGCUUGAGUUCGUCAAGGCGAUGAGCAAGAGUUAUACCUCUCAAGCUGAGCGCCACAAUCUGAUGCGUGAAGCCAUAUCUUAUCACUCUAAACUCACCAAAGAGGCCAUGAAUGGCCAAGGCAUCGAUCGUCAUCUUUUCGCCCUAAAGUGCGCGUCACAAGAGGCGGGCAUGGAUCUCCCCGCUGUCUUCGCCGACCCAACUCACAAGUAUUUCUUUGAUUGCAAGCUUUCGACAAGUCAGGUUCCAAUGCCUCAUAGAUGCUGGACUCUUUUCGGUCCCAUGGUGACGGACGGCUACGGGAUUUGCUAUAACCAACUCCCCGACCGGGUAUUAUACUGCCUCACAACGGACGACACAAACCCGAUAACCGACGCUGGCCAUUUUGCCGCGGUCUUGAAAAAGUCGCUCAACGACAUGCAGCUUCUGGCGACAACAUCCAAGUUGUAAAAAAGGCGCGAAAAAUACCAGCGUUCCCGUCAACAGGCAAGGUAGAUGGCGCGAAAAAUGAAAUGAAUCCCACGCGGGCGCGAAGUUCGCGACAAAAUGAUAAUAGUAUAUUAUCUAUGAACUAAGUACCAAAAGUAAUAAUAUAAAAUAUGAAGAUAAAUUGUAUAGGUAGAUUCAACAGUCACGGUAUGUAGAUUUACUCACUGGAUAAACUUUUGCUGGAAUCGUCUAACAUGUUAUUUAAGGAAAAGAGAAUUGAUAUAUUUUCACCCUCACAUUAACUCACAUGUUUUAGCUUGGGUUGUCAACGCUGAUGUUAAGAUGGAUCGUCUACAUGUUUACAAGUGAAUAUUUAGGUUAAAAACGGAUGCAUAUUUUAAUAAUAAAAUAAAAAAACUAACUGAGUAUAAAUGCAA